CUUCAGUCACAGUCACGAUCUCAAUCACAUGGUGGUGCUUUGUUUACAUUUUUCGGCCUCGCCAGUCAUGAGUUAGUGGUGCUAUUUUUCGAAGUCUAAGGAAACUUUGAGUUGAAUUGGAGAAAUGGCUUCAAACUCGCAAACGGUUAAGGACGAGGACUGGCGUCUGGAGCGGCAAAGCCUCGGCGACCAGUUGUGGUACAUGUUUCAAAACAACAUUUGCUCCGACGUUGAAAUUUUGGUUCAGGGCGAUAACACAGAAAAGGUGCUGAAGUGCCACAAAGUUGUAAUUUCCCGGUUGUCCAAAGCAAUGCAGAUUCUGAUGAGGGACGUCAGCGAAGUGACAGAGCUGGUCACUGUCCGCACCAAACACCCUCACGUGUUCCAAAUAAUUGUCAGGUACGCGUAUACGGAUUUGCUGAAUUUGAAUUCAAUGGCGGACGCUUUGGAGGCGCACAAAUUGGCCACUGCGUUCGACAUGAGACGGGUUAUUCAACUGUGCGAAAACUACAUUUCAUCGCAUGUCAACAAGGACACUGUUUGGGAGCUGAUGGACUACGCAAACAAAGGCUCGACUUUCAUGACUUGGGCAAAAUCGGUCCUAGGCAAAAAAACCAUGAACUGCCUGAAUUCAAAAAACUUCGAAACCUGCAGUGUCAACACAUUGCUCGCCCUGCUGAAAAUGGAGCACUUGAACCUGGACUCGGAACUUUCGCUGGUGAAGGCCGUCAUCAAGUGGGCCAAGCUCGCAAAUGCAGACCAGGACUUGAGCCCAGACUUCUCCAAGGAGCUGCUUGGACCCUGCCUUGGCCAAAUCAGAUUCCUCACCCUGACCGCGGCCGAGUUCUCCGAACAUGUUGCCAGAUCUGGUUUGCUUAGCAGUGACGACUGCCUGGCCAUUUUGGUAAACCUGGCCUCUCCUGGACAGAUGGCGCUUCCGAACUGGAUCUGCAAAAGCCAGGCCCAGAGGAAGAAACCUGGAAACCAACAACCGGAGAAAAGCAGGCCCGAAACGCCAAAACCUGCACCAGUGAAGAUUAAGGUUUACUCCAAGAACAAGGAAAAAUUUAGUCCUCAGGCCAAGAAAGAAAACAAGCCUGAAAAGGUCCAGCCUAAAGAGGUUAAGAAACCUUCUUCGUGUCCGUCUCGAGAAGAAACAAAAUCAGAAAAACCUGUCCAGAAUUACAAGAUGCUUGUCUGCCGAAGGGACGUUGACCCUGAGUACCUCUUUCUGACCCAGAAACUGGAGGCCCCUACUGAUGUCAUCCUAAACUUCCAGCUGAGCAAAAAUGCCACCCUCCUCGGUGUCCGAAUGGUGUCGCAGACGAAAAUAUCCGACGACUCAGAUGACCUGUCCUACAAUGAGAGCAUGCAUGUCAUGGUGAGAGACAUGGAGGACAGCAACAGGCAGGUUGCCUACCAAACCUUCCACGGCGUGAUUGGUUACGGCAGCGAGGUGGCCAUCAUGUUCACCACCCCUGGCAAACUCAAGGCUGGCGUUUGGUACUCAAUGCGGGUCGUCAUCAGGAGCCAGGGUUUCUAUGAAAACCACUUCAGACCUAACCUGGUUGUCACCGAAGGCGUCAAGGCCGUCUUUAACAAGGAUGGGGAUUGCGCGCGCAGCGCCAACCCCCUCACUGCACUCGUACUCAAGUUGUGAUUAACAAUGUGUGACUUAAUUCCAAGAUAAAUAAUUGAUCAUAUAUACUCAUUUACUACGUACAUUUAAUAAAAUAAAAAACACAUAUUAUUAAUAUAAUGUGAAAUGACUUUUGAAAAGCCUGUUUAAUUUUUCCAUAAAUGUAUUGACUAAAUUGGAAAGAAAAUAAAAUAAAAACUUUGAAAGUUAUAACUCCUAUUUAUGGUGAUUUGAAUUUAAAGUAGACUUUCUUGAUGGGUUUGAUGACUUUAAAUUCAAAUCACAAUGAAUCAACCCUCUACCGUGAAAUUCUACGACAAAACUCCCAUUAAUGCUUGACGGAUCUGUUAGCAAAAAAACUAUCUAAAAAAACUAAAUAACGUUAUAAAUUCGCCUUUAAUUAAUGUAUCUAAAGGAAA